AUGAAAAAAAACUCCUCGGGCACCAUGCCCAUCACACCAAACCCCAGUAGAUCAAACACUCAAAAAAAUAUGCACACACAUUCUAUCAACUCCAAAAUCCCCACAUCACCAUCAACUAAAGGAAAUAAAUCUAUCUCAAAUUCUCCAUCGACAUCACGGAACGUAAUCGCAAUGAAUACCUCCACCCGCCAUCCACCUACGACGGCCAGUACGAUAACGGCCGAACUACCUAAUGACACCGCGACAAACCCAGCCGUAUACUCCGAUAACGUCGUAUCUAAUGUUCAUAAAAACAAUCAUACACAACCGACAUCCAAUAAUGGUAUUAAUAACACCGAUAGCUCAUUAAAUUUCGCUAGCAUUGUCGCUAAAGAGAUAACACCCAAUAGAGAACAAGCAAUCGUGUUCAACUCAAUUGACGGAAUCCCACAAAAGGAUUACGUAAUAGCCAUCGGCCAAAUCGUCCAGCCCAAAAACAUAUUAUUCGUAUCCAGAAUCUCAAACAAUAGAUUUUGCAUAUUUCUUAACAGCAAAGAAAUACUUGAAUCGCUCAUCGUCAAAAACCCAACAAUCACUAUAAACGGACAUGAAAUACAAUUACGCAGGCUGUUAAACCCAGCAAAACGUAUUGUUAUAUCUAACGUCUGCCCCUCCAUACCUAACACAACUAUACUGCAUGCCCUUCAAAACUUAGAUAUAUCACCCUCAUCUCAAAUUAACCAUCUCAAAGCCGGUAUUAACCUCGUGGGAUAUGAACACAUCCUAAGUUUUCGUAGACAGAUAUAUAUUAAACAUGAAGACAUACACAAAUUACCUGGAUCUCUGACCUUAUCACACAAUCAGUCCCAAUUUAGAGUUUUCUUCACGGACGACACUCUUACCUGCUACACUUGUCAUAAAACUGGACAUACAUCCAAUACAUGCAAAAAAGAUCUUCUAAAUGAUACAAACAUGCAAACAGUGCAUGAUCAUAACCCUUUAUUAAAACCGGAAAACUCACCCGAAAAAUGCAAUGAUAAAGCAGAUAUCAUUUUACCUUUGCAACCUCCCCUAAUACACAAUACGUCAGAGAACACAAACCUGGAUUGGUUAGAAAAUCUCCCCAUCACAACAGACACAGUGAUAAUACAUUCCUCUCCAUCAGCCCCUGUAAAUACUAUCUCAAGAAAAAGCAACGAAAAAGAACCUCUACAAAUUACUGGGGACCCCAGCAUGGAUACAACUGACAAUAACAAAAGACCCCUAUCGGAAACAGCUUCGACGCCGAUGUCACCCACCACGAACAACUCUCCUCACUCCCCUAUCUCCAAAGGCAAGCCCAACAAAAAAAAACCAAAAAUAAGCUCUCGUUCCAACUCCUUCUCACAAGCUGAAGAUAACCCAAUAGUCAGCUCUUUAAAACCAGUUGAAAGCCACUUCCUCGACACCAACAACGUACCAAUCUCAUUGCUGCAAUAUCAAUAUAUAAUCGAAAACUUUUCAAAUAAAUCCAUCAACAUACACACCCUUUUAAAACAAGUCAACACCGACAUCAAAACGAUCAUCGAUAUAACCGAAAAAAUUCAGCCAAUGAUAAGGGAAACCAAAAUGAAGGCCAAGCUCACUAGACUAAGACACCUUCUCUUCCAAAGUCUGCCGCCGUCAGACCAAAAUUAA